AUGCUUGAACGUCCCGGCCAGAAGACACAGAAGGCCAUGAGGCCGUGGGUUGUCUCCGACGACCAGACUGUGGAAUGGCCAGGGUUCUUCAAGGGAGUGAGUGUUCCUCAACAUCCUCAAAUCGAAAACGGGAGAUUUUUCGACAGUGCCUUCCAACCUGCCGAAGUUGAGCUUCACGAUCAAAUCCAACAGCCUCUCGGAAAUGUCUCCUUCCCCCGCGAUCAUGCGGCGUAUUUGGAUUCGGACGACGAUGUUCUAGAUAACCCCCAAGGAACAGUUGAUCGCUCAAGGCUCUCGUCCAGCUCUCAGAAAAGAUUCUAUUAG